AUGACGUGUGGAAUCUUAUGCCUAGAUCCAAAGAAAUUCAUGUCAUUUGGGAAAGAAUGGGUUUUUAGAUAUAAGUUGAAUGAGAAAGAAGAAGUGGUUAGGAACAAGAUGGACGUUAAGAGUGCAUUUCUCAAUGGUUACAUAAUUGAAGAAGUGUAUGCAGAGUUUGAGAUGAGUCUAAUAGGAGAACUCAAGUUCUUUUCGGGUAUCCAUAUUAACAAAAGUUCAAAAGGAACAUAUAUCCAUCAGAGAAAAUAUACCAAAGAGCUUAUAAAGAAGUUUGACAUGUCAGAUUGCAAGCCAGCUAAAACUCCAAUGCAUCCUACUUGUAUUCUGGAGAAGGAUGAGGUAAGCAAUAAGGUAGAGAAAAAGGUAUACAUAGAUCCUAGAGAGUUCCACUUAAGAGUUGUUAAGAGGAUUUUCAGGUAUCUAAAAGGAACUACUAACCUUGACUUGUGUUAUACAAAAUCAAAAAAAUACAAGCUAGUACGUUACUGUGAUGAUGAUUAUGCUGGAGAUAUACUAGAAAGAAAAAGCACUUCUGGAAGUUGUCAGUUUCUGGGAGACAAUUUAAUCUCAUGGUCCAGCAAGAGACAAUCAAGAAUUACACUAUCAACAACUAAAGUUGAGUAUAUUGCAGCAUCUAAAUGCAACACUUAG